GAGACACACAGUAUAUUGUGAGGGUGGAAUUUAUAUAGGAAGUGCAGAGGUGAGACAGUUGUCUGCACAUCAGUUGGUGGUGGGACAGGAUGCAGCUAACACCAUUCUGCCUGAUGCUGUCCUGUCUCCGGGUCAGCCCAAACAGGUCUCAGUUCUUCAGGUACGACACCAUCACUCUGACCUGUGAAGAUCAGUCAAACUCCACCAGUUGGAAGGUGAAGAGGGAAACACCGGCAGGUGGGGUGAGACCCUGCUCCUCUGGUUGGGGCUCUACCUCUUUGGGCUCAACUUGCAUCAUUGGGAGCACCUACCCAUCAGACAGCGGGGUGUACUGGUGUGAGUCUGUGGACGGGGAGCAGAGCAACGGUGUCAACAUCACCAUCACUGAUCGUGAUGUGAUCCUAGAAAGUCCUGCCCUUCCUGUGUCGCAGGGAGCUGCCAUGACUCUGCGCUGCAAAGCUGAGGCAAACUCCAACCAUGUGUUUAAUUUCUAUAAAGACGAACACCUCAUCAGCAGCAGCUCCACAGGAGAGAUGACCAUUCCUAGUGUUUCCAAAGCUGAUGAAGGACUCUACAAGUGCAACAUCUCUGGGGGUGGAGAAUCCGCAGCCAGCUGGCUGGCUGUUGAAGGUGCAACAGACAUGAAGCUUUCAACCAGCGAAGUCACUGCUUUUCAGCCUGGUAUUAAAGCUUCACCUUCACCUUCAGCCUCACCGCCUGCAGCUUCAUGCUCUGUGUCUGUCUUCAGACUGUUGUGUCAUGUGCUAGUGGGAACUCCUUACCUGGUGUCCACCAUCUUACUAGGACUCAUAUACAGAGACAGGAAGAGAGCAGCUCGGACAGUUGGAGGGAGAAGAGGCAGCAACGAUGUCAUCAUGGAAAUAGUUGUAUAGGCAAACAAUCCAGUAACAAAUUGCCAAGAAAACCUGCGUCACUUGUGACCCUGCACCAGAGGAGAUGAAUUUCUACUACCAUCAGUUGAUGUAUCAGUGGUAUUUGAUAUUUGACAUCAGCAGGUCCAACAGUUCAAGGCCUGCAAUGACUGCAGUAAAAAGAGUUUACAAAGUACUGUCCUGAUGAAAUAUGAAUGAUCUGUUGUAUUCUGUUACCAUGCAUCCUCUGUCAUCUGUCCAGGCAUGUCAACAGUGUUUUAAUCAACAAAUAAAAAUGACUGAUACGAGA